AUGUCGCAGUAUUCUGGAAAGGUAAGCAGCACCUGAGUCUUCCUGUAUACACACAGCAUCAGGUAGGUUACCACUGGGACAUAACUGACUGGACAGCCAGGCCAGGUCUCCCUUGAAAAUUAGGUAUUUGGACCUCAAUGGGACUACCAGGUAAAGGUUGGAGAGAACUCCAGCCAAUAAAUAUAUAGGUUUGGGAGUGUACGCAUUUACAGGUAGUGUAGGUGUGAUAAAAUGAGUUUGUACAUUUGAAGGCAAUCCCUGGUGAAAAUGUGAGAUUUGGAGAUUGUUCUAAUCAGUGCCAUCAUUCAGUUUGUCUUGCUUGUAGAAAUGUUAAAUCUGUCAAGGGAGUUAAAAUAUAUAAAAUAUUAUAUCUAAAAGAGCAAGGCCCUUGGAGCAUUUUAUUUAUUUUAUAUUUGAUUUAAACUAUCAGUGGCAGGUAUGGAUAAUUAGUUGGUGGCUGGCCAAUAGGAAUAUACAUACCAUAGUCUUGUAUCCAUACUGCUGCUAAAGUCAACUCUAGUCUUCUAUUAAUACCUAUAGUUGGCUUCAGCACAUAGAUACAGUAUGGAUACAAGACUGCAUGACAAAAUAUAUUUAUCCACUGAACUGACUGUACUACGCCAACACUUACAAAUCCACACCUAGGGCUCUGUUCGCUUCAGCGUUACAGAUUCCGCAAUAGAAAUGUAAAGGUAACUUCCGAUUGAGCAGACAUGCAGCGUUUACCGUGAAUGCAGUCUACGCUAAAGCGGGAACAUUGCGUUUAAAUUUAAAUCACGCUGUAAAGCUGAACUUCCGCGAUGCAGAUUGAAUAGAGCCCCUACACUCCAGUGACAAGGUGUCGCUAUAGCUUCUACCCCCAAGCCAUAAGACUCCUGAACAGCUCAUCAUGGCUACCCAGGACUAUUUGCAUUAUUAUCUAUGCAUAGUCACUUUUACUCUACCCACAUGUACAUAUUACCUCAAUUACCUUGACUAACCAGUGCCCCCGCACAUUGACUCUGUACCGGUACCCCCUGUAUAUAGCCUCCCUACUGUUAUUUUAUUUUACUGCUGCUCUUUAAUUAUUAUUUACUUAUCUAUUUUUUACUUAACACUUUUUUUCUUAAAACUGCAUUGUUGGUUAAGGGCUUGUAAGUAAGCAUUUCACUGUAAGGUCUAUACCUGUUGUAUUCGGCGCGUGUGGCAAAUACAAUUUGAUUUGAUUUGAUCUGAUCCACAUGUCCGUCAAGCCCCUAGCCUGGGAUCCAAACUCAAUCGUUCUGGACCGUUUCACUACAUUUGGCUUUGCGAACAAUAAUGUGAAAUGGAGCAAUUGAGUUUGUAUCCAAAGGCUAUCCCACCAGGACUUCGGUUCACAUACUUUAAGGGUUUGCUUUAGCCUGCCUGCAGUGGCAGCUGGGUGGGGUUUGCGCUUUUGGGAUUUUUCUAUGGGUUACAUUGCAACAGGCAAGCUAAAUCAAGCCCAGUUAAAGUAUAAUGAUGUUAAAUAUUAUUUGAACCCAGGUCUGUUGGAUCCCAGGCCAUCCUACCUCAACCUCCCCACCCUAACUAAUGAACUAUGGUGUUAACCUCCUCUUCUCCACCCACCCAACACAGAUCACCUUCUAUGAGGGAAAAUGCUUCACCGGCAGGCAGCUGGAGGUCAGGGGCGACUGCGAUAACUUCCAGGACCGUGGCUUUAUGAACCGCGUCAACUCCAUCCGCGUGGAGAGCGGCGCCUUCUGCUGCUUCGACCACCCCGACUUCAAGGGACAGCAGUACAUCCUGGAGCACGGCGAAUACCCUGAGUUCCAGCGUUGGAACAGCCACAAUGACCACAUGGGCUCCUGCAAGCCCAUCAAGAUGGUGAGAGAUGGGGUUAAGGGUUAAGGCUUGAAGGGAUAGGGGUUAAGGGUUCAGAAUUGAAGUGAUAGGGGUUAGGGGGUUAAGGUUUGAAGGGAUCGGGGUUAAGGGUUAGGGGGGUGCUAAUGAGGAUGAUGAGAUUGAUGUUAUAGAACCAUUUUCUACUUCAACUCAAAGAUACUUUAGAUUCUUCUCGCUCAUCUUCAUUAUAGCAGUAUUCCAUAUUCGACUAUUGAAAAGCAUGUAUGAAAUCCAAAUGCAGACUCAUGUUAACUCCUCUCUUCUCCUGUGUCUUGCAGCACGGUGAGCACUACAGAAUGGAACUGUUCGAGGCCUGUAACUUCUCCGGCCAGUGUGUGGAGAUCUGUGACGACUGCCCCUUCCUGCAGAGCCGUGGCUUCAGCAAGAACUGCAUCAACUCCAUCAAGGUCUACGGAGAUGGAGCGUAAGUAACGCACCUCUAGCCAAUCACACACACAUAUCAAACUGUGAACGCAGAGAUAAACACAAACUGAGAUACAUUCACAGUGAUUAAACGUUUGGAUCUAUUUUUGUUGAGCCAAGAUAUCCAACCUUUUAGCAUAUGUUAUGUUGGAACAUAAUUGGAACACAUAUGCCAACAAUCUAGCAGGAAAAGCGUAGACGCUGCUGAAUUCCUAAAUAACUAAUACCACUAUUCACAACUGUGGUCCCAACUGGUUUUUUCCCAGGAGGGAGUUGAAUAUUAAAGGGGAAGUUCAAGAUUUUACCACUUGAUGUUAGAUGGUUCCUCACCUUGAAAGAAGUCUAUUUAUUUUUAAAAGCCAAGACCCCUUUAUGUAACAUCAAACCACAUAUGUAGUUGAUUUGAUGAUAUAAGUCUAUGUAAUUGAUUAAUGUAUUCAUUGAAUGGACAUAGUAUAGCUAUUAUCGAACACACAAUACAUUUCUAUAGUUUACUUAAUAUCCAGAUUACAUCAUAUUAAAUUACACAGUACUCAGUAGAUAUAUUUAGACCAUUACCUGUUAUUCCAUCUGCUCUAACAGUGUGUGAAGUGAGCAGGUGUGCGCUCAUUUCUAACCCGUUUCCUUCUGUAGCUGGGUGAUGUAUGAGGAGCCCAACUUCCGUGGCCGCAUGUACAUUGUAGAGAGAGGAGACUACUGCAGUCACAACGAGUGGCAGGCCGAGAACCCCAACAUCCAGUCCAUCCGUAGAGUGGUCAACUACUUCUAA